AUGCCGCCCUUCUCGGAAUCAUUUUAUGUAAGUUUGUUCUAACAUAUUCAAGUCAUUAUACUUUAUAAAUACAAAUACUAGAAGAAACCUAAAUUGUUAGAAAUUUCAGUUAUGCUUUAUUACUGCGCUUAUUAACUUUCAUUAAAAGGGGUUCCUUACAUUUGGUUUAGCCUGCUUUCUAUAGCAGCAAAUAAACAUAUUGUCUAAUUCAUAAUUUUAUUGCUAAUAAUCGUCGUAACAUCUGCUUAGAUUGAUCCCAUUUGUCCAAUAUGUCACUUAUAGUUGUUAUUAGAAUAAAUAUUCCUGAUGGGAUUGCUCAUAUUAAAUCGAUUUAACUUUUUAACUUAGAAGAAGAAGGCUUAAAAGCAACUAUUAAAGUAGAUAUUUCGAAAAAUCAGAUAUUGUUUAUACGAUGAAAAUCUGAUGGAUGUUGAUACCAAUAAGUAGAGCGCACCAGAAAUAUCUGUUCUAUCUGGAGUUUCCUUAUAUUCCAAUCGACUAGAUAACCAAUAAUUACAGUUUAAAUCAUAAAAGGAUUUGAAAAUUAAGUGUUACUCUAUUAGUAAUGGUAAUGAGCAAGAAUCUCGUAUUUUUGGUUCAAAGCCAUUGGUAUUUGAUAGUAUUAGUGGUUUUCUUGAAAUAUUUUAGAAGGAAUUCAAAGAGAUGCAAAAUAAAAUUAUUUUGGCAUCUGAACUAGAUAAUCCAACAGGAUAAAAAUCAAAGAGGAGAAUUUAUGUUUAAUAGUUUUGUAAUUUAGGUAAAAAAUACAAUUUAAUUGCAAUGUUACAAUAAGAUGAUAACUUAAUGAACAAAUAGAACAAAAAUAUCAAUAAAUUCAAAUUAAGUUUAUCCAAAAUAUUUACUCAUAAGUUGAAAACUCCCUUGAACACAACUCUUGGGUAUUUGUAAACUGCCAUUUCAGAAAAUCUUAAUGUAGAUGAACAAUUAAAAAGUUAAUUUUUAAAACCUGCUUUUAUUAAUUCAAAAAUUUAAUUUUAUUAAGUGCAAGAUAUUUUAGAGUACAUUAAUUAAGAGGAUUUAUUGUAAUUUCGAAUAGUGAAGGUGAAUCUGAAUAAAACCCUAGGUCUUAUUUAUGAUUUAAUUGAGUUGUAGUGUAGAGCAAAAUAAAUAAAAAUAGAAUUUUUGAUAAAUGAGAAGCCAUUUAACACAAGGGAGAAGCCUAUUUAUAUUUAAACAGAUUAAUAGAGAUUGGAAAGAAUUCUCUUCAACCUAUUGAAUAAGUCUUACAGACACACUCAAAUCAACGGUAGAAUUUGUCUUCAUAUUCUAAUUGAUUCUGAGUUGAAUCAGGUAUAGUUUAAGAUUAAUGACAAUGUUUUGGGAUUCAAAUAAGAAUAAGUCGAUUAAAUCAACUCUUUUGCUUAACAAUAGAAUAAAUCAAUCUCUUAAUUUAGGAAUUCCAUAGUCAAGAAAUCUAAGUUCAAAUUUAGUUUGACAUUACAAAUCACUAAUAAAUUAAUCUUUUUCUUAAGUGAUAUGCAAUGUUCACUUCAAGUCAGAAAUACGAUUGAAGAAGGUGCAAGUUAUUAUUUCUUUAUCAGUAUGAAUUGCCAACAAGGAAGUUUCCAAUAGACAACGGAUGUACAAGCCCUUAAUUUGAGUUCUUAACAUAAAAGUACAAUCACUUUAAAGCAACCCUUAAAUAGCUAUCCUUUUCUUGGUUACACCAGAAGCCAAAAUCAAAUGAGCAAAGAGAGAAUCUACGACGGUUUAGAUGUGGAUGAAGAACCCUGCGCUAAUAAACCGUUUUGUUUGAGUACCUAAAAUUUCUCCUAUUCUCCCUAAUAAACAGUUUUGAGAACUCAAUAGGCUUAAUAGAGCAUAAUUCAAUAUCAGAAAAACAUCUAUUAAAGGGAUUUCAAUGAGAAAUCACUAACAAUGUCUUUAGCAUUUGAAAGAUCAUUGAAUAUGAAAAGAAUUGGAGAUUCAGUAGACAUCAGACAAGAUUUCAAUUAGACAAUUAUGUUAGUGGAUGAUGAACCCUUUAAUCAUGAUACAUUAAAACUUAUGUUGAAAAGUCUUGGUUUCAAAAACUUCAUCAGUGGAUACAAUGGUCAAUAAUGUAUAGAAUUAGUAUAAAAACAUCAUACUUCGAUUAAAAUUAUAUUUAUGGAUUUAGACAUGCCCAUUAUGGGAGGAAUCAGAGCAACUAAUAUUUUGAUUGAACUGAUGCAAUAGAAUGAAAUUGACUAUAUUCCCAUAUUGGCAUGUACUGCUCAUGAUGAUAAAAAUACUCAAGAAGAGUGCCUUGAAGCAGGAAUGCUAUGUGUCAUUGCAAAGCCAGUAUUUGUAAGGAGUUUGCAAGAGGCUUUUGUGAGAGUGAAUGAAAUCAAGCAAAGAACUUUAAAUGUCUUUGCUGGAUCUAAAGUCAUAUCAUCAAGUAUAAAAUGA